AUGGGUUACUUGUUCCUUCUGCCUCAAUAUCCAAAAGUAGCCUGGAAGACUGUGGUUUUAAAUACAACUUUGCAUCCUAGAUUCAAGUUCAUCCUUUGGUUAGCUGUUCAAAAUAGACUGACUACAGUUGAUAGACUCUUGAAGAUUGGGAUUGUAGUGCCUACAGAUUGUGCUUUCUGUGCCACAACCAGAGAAACAUUUGAUCAUCUUUUCUUUGGCUGUUGUGUGACAAGAAGUGUUUGGAACAGACUGCUAGCAUGGCUAGGAUGUGCUAGAACUGUUGGAUCUUGGCCUGAUGAACUAACCUGGGCUUGCCAGAUAGCAAAAAGGAAGAAUGGUAAGAGCUCUAUUGCUGCAUAUUGCUUUGCUAUGACUGUCUACAUCAUUUGGAGGGAGAGGAACAAUCUGAGGUUUAAACAGGGCUACUUCGAUGCUGCCAAGAUCUACUGGGAGAUUGCACUUCAUAUUCAUAUCAGAGGGAAUGGAAUUCAGCUGUGGCAAAAUGCUCUCCUUAGCUUGAACUCAAUACCAUAG